AUGAUAUCAAGUUUGCAGAGUGAUUUAUGGUCAUUUAACGAUAUUCUUGGAAACACUAAGAUGUCUGUUAAAGAAAAAGUUAUAUCAAGUUAUUAUGAAAAAUUGAGAGCCCGGUUUUCUUCAAUAUCAGCUGUUGAAUUAUAUCAGCAUCACUUUACCCUCUGUAUUUUACAUGCCUUUAAUAGAAUUGUAAAUUAUACUCAAAAAAAUUAUAUUACAAUUAUUAUAUUCUUAAGUAAAAUUAUUGGAAAAUGCAUAAAGACUUUUGGAAUAAAUCUUCUCAAGAAAGCAAACACUGUUAACAAGUAUUCGAAACAGUUUAUGGUAAUAUUUUUCAAAAAUAAUAUGAAUAACUUGUUGAUUUAUGUGAUAUACACACCACAAUUGAGUGAAGAACAGACCUCACAACCAAACACUGAUUCCUUCUUGCUAAUGAACCUGGCAAUAGAAGGAAAUGAAAUUUGUGGUAUUUCAGAGUGUAUUUACUGCUUAACUAGUGUCGGUGUUACAAUUAUGACAUCAAGUCAUAAAUCAGCUUUAGGACUUCCUACUAAAUUAGCUCCAUAUCGAUCUGACACAGUUUACCCGGCAAUGAUAGCUACUACGCUAUCCCAAUAUGAAUAUGUUCUUAUAUGUGAUAAAUCCAACAUCCGAGUGUCUGGAUCACCACAAAAUUAUUUAAUAUUACACUGUAGUAAAUGGUAG